UUACAUCGGUCUCCUCUCCUUGCUUGUUGUGGUUAUACAUGCAAAAUUUUUAAAUAUAACAAAUAGAAGUUGUAGCUUUUGGACAAUUUACAGAAAAACGGUUAAAAACAAUAAUUACAAUGGCUACAGACCAAGGUGAAGUUCAGUUGCAAGUUCGGUUUGUUACAAAACAGGAACAAUAUGCGGUACCGGACAGUCCUUACGCAAUACAAAGUAAUGUUCAGGCAGCAGAACUAAACACAUUGGUAAAUGCAGUUUUAAAAGAGACCAAACCUUUGAUUCAAAAAGCUGUUGAAUUUGAUUUUCUGGUAUGUGGCGAAUUACUGUGUUCAUCUAUAGCAGAACAUUUGCAAGAAAAAGGAAUAUCGACCGAAGAUACUUUAGAAAUAGAAUACCUUGAAAGAUUUCCCGCCCCUAAACCUCAAGAAUGCUUAAUGCAUGAUGAUUGGGUAUCAUCAGUCCACACACAUGAUAGUUGGAUUCUCUCAGGCUGUUAUGACAAUAGCAUCCAUAUUUGGACUACAAAAGGUCAACAUAAGCUGGCCAUUCCAGGACACACUUCACCUGUUAAGGGUGUUUCAUGGAUCUCCAUUGAGGGUGACCAAGCUAGUUUUGCAAGUUGUUCACAUGACCAGUCAGCUAUGCUCUGGGUAUGGAAUGUGCCACGGAAUUCCGUUGACUGUGUGGUCACUUGUCGAGGACAUGAUAAAGGACUGGAAUGUAUUGCAGUCGCUGUUGAUGGAAAACACUUUGCUACUGGCAGCUGGGAUAAUAAUAUCUGCUUAUGGAGUGCUAGUUUGACAGAUGAAGAUAAUGUGCCUGCCAAAAAGAGAAGUAAGCCUGAGCAAGGAAAUUCCAGAACACCGAAGUCAACACUGAAGGGUCACAGGGAAGCAGUGUCUGCAGUCAAGUGGGUGGACUACAACACACUGCUGUCGAGCAGCUGGGACCAUCUGCUCAAACUGUGGGACUGUGAACUUGGAGGAAUUAAACAAGAGAUUGCUGGUAACAAAGCGUUCUUUGACGCUGAUUGGUCGCCGUUAAAUAAUAGCAUCGUCACAGCUUCCGCUGACAGACAUGUCAGGAUAUAUGAUCCAAGAUCUACGGAAAGUAUUGUGAAAACAACAUUCACAUCUCACACGGGCUGGGUGCAGUCUGUGCGCUGGUCCACCACCAGGGACACGCUCUUCCUCUCCGCAGGGUACGAUGGACAGGUCAAACUCUGGGAGACCAGGAGUCCAAGAACACCGCUGUAUGACCUAACAGGUCAUGAAGACAAAGUGCUGUGCUGUGAUUGGUCCAACCCGGCGCUGCUCGUCAGUGGCUCCUGUGAUAAUACUGUUAGAAUAUUCAAAGCAAAACAUGCAACGGCUUCCGCAUGAUAGAUAAGUGUUAUAACCGUGAUGUUGAUGUAGCACUUGUAUUGAUAUUGUUGUCUCUGUUUAUUCAAUGACAAUGAGAGAGAUGACUUUAUGUUUCACAAGUGUUGCUUCAGUCGGGUUAUUGUGAAGUGCGGGACAUUGAUUAUGUGAAGUGUUGGAUAUGUGGGUAGUUGCAAAAGUGUCAAUUUUAUUGUUUAUAAUUUAGUUUUAUUUCGGAAUCUGUAAUAUUCUUGAAAUAAAGUAAGGUUAUGUUCUGCAUUUUAAAUUA